AUCUUUUAGUCAGUUUUCUAUCCAUUUACAUACAGAUUUUUCCAGCCCGUAGACUUUACCUUACACAUUAUCACUGAGCCGUGUGUGGGAAAACUGUGUCAAACGCUUUUGCAAAAUUCAAGUAUGCCACGUCCUUCACCACCCCUCUGUCCAAGUAUACCACGUCCACACAGCCACCCCUCUGUCCAAGUAUACCACGUCCACAGCCACCCCUCUGGCCAAGUAUACUACGUCCACCCGCAACUCCUCUGUCUAAGGUUUUGCUCAGCUCCUCACAAAAAGAAAUUGGAUUUGUUUGACAACUUCUGUCUUUCAUGAAUCCAUGCUUCUGUUGCUUAAAAUGUUUUUUUCCAGCAAGAAUAUCUCAACUGGUA